UUCAAGUUUCCACCGCGCCCCUCCAUGCAACAAGAUCUCAUCCUGCUGCUCCGCUCACUGCUCCAAAACGCACUCAAUCCACUCCUCUACUCCUCCAUUUUCCGCAUCCUCACCCGCACUCCAAAUUCCCUCCACCAUGGUCGGCAGCUGCACGCUCUCCUCAUUCUACAUGGCGUCUGCAUCAACCCCACCCUUGCAGCCCGCAUUGCCGCCAUGUACUCCAGCUCUGGCGACCUCCGCUCUGCUUCCCUUCUCCUCCACUACCAUCCUUGUCCAUCUUCUCUCCUCUUUAACUCUCUUAUUCGUGGUUACUCUCUUCGUAACCUCCACAUUAAAGUCCUCUCCCUCUUCUAUUCCAUGCUCGCCCGCAGCGUCAUCCCCGACCAUUUCACUUUUCCCUUCGUCCUCAGGGCAUGCGCCGAUCUCCCAUCUCUCCUCACUGGUUGCGCGGUCCAUUCCCUUUGCCUCCGACGAGGCCUUGAAUUGGACGUAUAUGUCGGAAGCUCGCUUAUCAAUAUGUACGCCAAGUGCGGUGAGGUCAGGUUUGCACACCACCUAUUUGAGGUAAUGCACGUUACAGAUGUCUCGUCUUGGAACGCCCUCAUUGCAGGAUACAUGAUGGUGGGAGCAGUAAAGGUUGCAGAGCACAUGUUUGAUGACAUGCCGAAGAGAAAUGUUAUCUCCUGGACGGCAAUGAUUUCUGGUUACACGCAGAACGGUGUUGCAGGUCGUGCGUUGCAGUUGUUUGAACAAAUGAGAAAGAAUUGUAAAGAGGUGAAACCUAACUGGGUGACGAUUGUUAGUGUCCUGCCUGCUUGCGCUCAUUCUGCUGCUCUUGAUCAAGGUAGGAGGAUUCAUGAUUAUGCAAGAAUAUUGGGCUUUGAUUCGCAUCCUACCGUGCAGAUUGCAAUUAUGGGAAUGUAUGCUAAGUGUGGAAGCUUGGUUGAAGCUCGUCAGUGUUUUGAUUGUUUACCAGGAAAAAAUAAGACUGUGGUUGCUUGGAACACCAUGAUCACUGCUUACGCUUCUCAUGGACUUGGAGCAGAAGCUAUAUCUGCAUUUGAUGAUAUGGUUAGUUCAGGGGUUCAGCCUGAUGCAGUUUCAUUCACUGGUUUGCUCUCUGGGUGCAGCCACUCAGGAUUGGUUGAUCGUGGACUGGAGUUUUUUGAUGACAUGAGUGUGGUUUAUUCCAUCAAACCAAAACAUGAGCACUAUGCUUGCAUCGUUGAUCUUCUCAGUCGAGCAGGAAAGUUUGAAAAGGCCCUGGAGAUUGUUAAUCAGAUGAAGAUUGAUACGGGUCCUAGCAUUUGGGGUGCGCUGCUCUCGGCGAGUCGCACUCACCGAAACCUGGACGUUGCAGAGAUUGCAGCCAAGAGAUUGUUUGUGCUAGAACCGAAUAACUCAGGGAAUUAUGUAUUGCUUUCAAACAUGUAUGCGGAAGCUGGGAAAUGGGAUGAGGUGAAGAAAUUGAGAGCCAUUUUAAGAGAAAAAGGAAUGAAGAAGAUUCCUGGAUGCAGCUGGUGUGAGAUAGAUGGGCAAGCUCAUGCGUUCUUUACAGGGGAUAAGUGUCAUCCACAAGCAACGGAAAUUUAUAAAUUGCUGGAAGAUCUUCCUGUGAGGAUGAAGGCUGCAGGAUACAGUCCUGAAACUGGUUUUGUUCUUCAUGAUGUGAGUGAGGAGGACAAGGAGUGUAAUUUAGCGGGACAUAGUGAGAAACUGGCGAUUGCUUUUGGGAUUCUCAACACAAACCCUGGUGCAACUCUUAGAAUUACUAAGAAUCUCAGGAUAUGUGGAGACUGUCACACUGCAGCUAAGUUCAUUUCGAAGAUUCAUAACAGAGAAAUUAUAGUAAGAGAUAUUAACAGGUUCCAUCAUUUCAAAGAUGGUAUAUGCACUUGUGGAGACUAUUGGUAGCACGUGAACAAUGAAGCAGAUGGCUGAACUCAGCUCAACUGAAAAUCCUUUGGAGGUCUUCUUCAGAGCCAAACGUGCCAUAUCCAAGCAUCGCCAUGGUUCAAGCUGAUAAAGCUCCCAGGUCCACUCUUCGUUGAAGUCAAUUACAAUUGAGCCUGAGCCAGCAAUCUCUACAUUUAAAAAUUGUCAAAGCUAAUUUCUCCAUGUUUUUUCGAAGCUAAUUGUGCCCUA